GGUUUCUCUGUUCUGCUAUGCUCUGUAAUAGUGUGGGUCUAUGUCGGCUUCUUAUACGCGCAUCCGUGUCGGCCAUACAAUUCAUCAUCUCGUGACUUUGAAUCUAUGAACGCUAAAGAUUCAGUAUAGUAAAAUUCUGUUACUGAUUUUUAUUUUAUAAAACAAAAAAAGUUUUGGGUUGGGAUGAGUGAUUUGAGAAUUGUGAACUUAAAUUGUGGAGUUUGGUUGAGAUAUUGGUGCAGAGAUUCUCGCAUAGUCAGUUAGGAUUUUAUUUUGGUUUUUAUAUAUCUGGUUUUAUCAUCCUUCUACCUUCUAUCUUGUCGUGCCCCAAGACAGUGACUGAGUCCGAAACUGUUGUAGUAGCCUCCUUGAUCUUGAAUUGUGCUUUUUCUACAGGUUUUGAUUUUUACAAUGAUUCAAUUACAACCUUUUUCACUGUCUCCCAAACUCUCCCUUCCACUCUUCUUCUCUGUUUGAGCUAUCCUCUUUUAAAACAUGUUGGGUUUGAAGUUUGAACUCGUUAGCAUGGGGCAACUGUGAGAUUUUUGAAUUUUGGAAACAAAGCCUUUCUGCUUGUGCCUUUAAAAUAAGGUUCUCCGAGGUGUCCAAAUUGGGGAGAAAAACCAGUUAUUUUACCGUGCAAAAAGAGAGAGAGAAGGAAACCUCUCAAAACAGAAUUGGUCAAUCAACAAAGUUGGGACCCCAGGAACUGUGGGCAUCGACUUGAGAUUCUGUUGCAAUCACUUUGUUGGGGAUUUCUAUGAUUUUUUGUGGACAAGUGGCACAGAUUCUUGUGUUUUCAGCUUUGUUGCGAUCAUAUAUGCUUUUUCAGGAAUUUUGCAGUGGAAAAAGUUGCUAUUUAGCUCCAACUGAGAUGAUGACGUGUGAGGAGUCAAAAGAGAAAUCGAAAGAGAUGGAAAAGUGUUUGGAUCCUCAACUAUGGCAUGCUUGUGCGGGAGGGAUGGUGCAAAUGCCAACGGUGAACGCUAAGGUCUUCUACUUCCCCCAGGGCCACGCUGAACAUGCAUGUGGACCCGUGGACUUCAGGGCUUACCCCAAAAUUCGACCUUUCAUUCAAUGCAGAGUAGCAGCUAUCAAAUACAUGGCUGAUCCUGAAACAGACGAGGUGUAUGCUAAACUUAGGCUUGUUCCUCUGAACAAUAAUGAUGCUGCUGAUUUUGAGGAUGAUGGUGUUGGAGGCAUCAAUGGGUGUGAAACAAAGGACAAACCCGCUUCCUUUGCAAAAACCUUGACGCAAUCUGAUGCCAACAAUGGUGGUGGCUUUUCUGUUCCUAGAUUUUGUGCAGAGACAAUUUUUCCUCGCUUAGACUAUAUAGCGGAUCCUCCUGUUCAAAACAUCCUUGCCAGAGACGUUCAUGGCGAAACAUGGAAAUUCAGGCACAUUUAUAGGGGCACGCCACGGCGGCAUCUGUUGACAACUGGUUGGAGUACUUUUGUCAACAACAAGAAGCUUGUUGCAGGGGAUUCAAUUGUGUUUUUAAGAGCAGAAAAUGGGGAUCUACGUGUUGGAAUUCGGCGGGCUAAAAGGGGAAACUAUGGUGGACCUGAGGGUUCAUCAGGGUGGAAUCCAGGAGGUGGAAUUCGCCCUGUACCUUAUGGUGUAUUUUCGGCCUUUUUGAGAGAGGAUGAUAACCAGCUCCUUGGAAAUGGUAAUGGCAAUGGAUUGAGCUCAAAUGCAAGCUUGAUGGGUAGAGGGAAAGUAAGGGCCGAAGCUGUUAUUGAAGCUGCAACACUUGCCACCAAUGAGCAACCCUUUGAGGUUGUUUACUACCCUCGGGCAAGUACUCCUGAGUUUUGUGUUAAGGCCUCGUUGGUUAGAGCAGCACUGCAGAUUAGGUGGUGUCCUGGAAUGAGGUUCAAGAUGCCCUUUGAAACUGAGGACUCCUCGCGGAUAAGUUGGUUUAUGGGUACCAUAUCUUCUGUUCAGGUUGCCGAUCCUAGAUGGCCUGACUCUCCUUGGAGACUUCUCCAGGUUACAUGGGAUGAACCAGAGUUACUUCAAAAUGUAAAAAGGGUGAACCCUUGGUUGGUUGAAUUGGUAUCAAACAUGCCUACCAUCCAUCUUUCCCCUUUCUCACCACCACGGAAGAAAUUGAGAUUACCUCAAAACCCAUAUUUUCCCUUCGAUGACCAGAUUUCAGUGCCAACAUUUCCCAGCAACCCCUUUGGUUGUCUCCCUGAAACUACUCCUGCUGGCAUGCAGGGAGCCAGGCAUGCUCAUUAUGGUAUAUCCUUAUCGGAUCUGCACUUCAAUAAACUGCACUCAGGUCUAUUACAGAUUGGUUUCCCGGGUUUCCAGCCACUUGAUCACACUGCUACACCAAUGAGGGUCUCCAAUAACCCAGCAUUGCAAAAGCCCAACACAACUGAAAACAUCUCUUGCCUACUAUCCAUGUCAAGUUCUCCUGAGUCUUCGAAAAAACUGAAUGAUGUUAAGGCUCCCCAGCUUGUGCUUUUUGGCCAAACAAUUCUCACCAAGCAGCAGAUGUCUAUGAACACCUCUGCUGAUGCAGUAACCCCAGUUCUUAAUGGUAAUACUUCAUCUGACGGAAAUGCUGAUAAAAUGACUAUUUUUUCGGAUGGUUCAGGUUCUGCUCUUCAUCAACAAGGCCUACUAGAACGCUCUUCUUGUGAGAGGUUCCAUAAUUAUAAGGAUGCUAGUUUGGAGACAGGUCAAUGUAAAGUUUUUAUGGAAUCAGAAGAUGUAGGUCGGACACUAGACCUCUCAUUGCUUGGGUCUUACAAUGAACUGUACAGAAAACUUGCAGACAUGUUUUGCAUAAAAAAACCGGAGGUGCUAAGUCAUGUGCUUUACAGUGAUAUGAAUGGGGCAGUCAAACACAUUGGAGAUGAACCAUUCAGGGACUUCACCAAAACUGCCAAGAGGUUGAACAUUCUAAUGGAUUCCAACGGAGACAAUAGAAGAGUGUAGAGGAAAAAAUAAACCAUUAUUUCAAUUGUACAGCUGGUUGAUCAAUUCCUCUAUUACCAUUCUGACCCUUUACCCUUCCUGAAGCAAUGGAAGGUGACAGUCUGAUCUAAUUUUUGAAUAUUAAACUCUCCGCAUUAAUGUUUCUCUUGGAUCUCGAAGGAGAUAUUUGGAUUCGAGUUUUUCUUGUAUUGAGUUAGCUCAUGCUUUUCCUUCCCUUUUUGGAUUAUAGGUUUACUUGGGGUUUUUUUUUUUAUAAUUUUGUUGAAAAAAAGAGAGGUAGGAGCA